AUGAGUGAAAUAAAUUAUUGUUCAUCAUCACCGAUCCGUAUACAUUUUUCUGAUGUAACAAAUAAAAAAACAAUUAUUGAUGAUGAUUGUCGAUGGAAAUUAGCAAGUGCAGCACCAACAAUAACAAUUGAAAAUGAUGAAAAUGAAAAUGAUGCAUGGAAUGAAUAUCGACAUUUAUUUGAAACAAAUAAUUCACACAUGUUAAAUCCAUCAUCAAUUGAUAAUUAUUUUCUUCGACAUAGUAGUGCUAAUACAAGUUUAAAUGAAUCAUCAUCAUUUGAACCAUUAAUUGAUAAUCAUGAUGAUAUUUUUUCAAUAAUUGAACAAGCUGGUAUUACAUUUGAUGCAUUAACUGGAUCAUCAUCAGUAGAUCUACUUGGUAGUACAAGUGGUUAUCAUUCAUAUGAACCAUCACCAUUUAAUCAUCGUUUAAAACGAUCAUCAAUACUUGAUCCGUCUGCCGCUGAAUUUCAUAUGGAAACCGAACUAAGUUCAUUAUCUAAUAAUCAAUCAACAAAACGAUCUUCAGUGCAAAAUGAUCAACAAAAUCGUCGAAUGUCACGAUCACAAAAUAAUACUACACAACGUAUUUCUACUUCAUAUGAAUAUAAAUUUGGUGGUUAUGGCCGUGGAAUUAAUGAAUUUCUUGAACCCAAUGGUAUUACUUUUCUAUCUGAUGGUACUAUUACAGUUGUAGAUACAAAUUCAAGUCAAGUUAAAUUAUUUGAUCCAAUCCGUCGAGAAUGCAUACUUAAAUUUGGUCAAGCAGGUACAAGACCUGGUGCACUACUUUAUCCAUAUCGUAUUGCUGUUUUACCAGGACAUGAUUUACUUGUUAUGGUUCAACGAUCACCACGACCAAUGAUUCAAAUAUUUGAUCGUAAUGGUCAAUUCAUUAGUCGCUUUGGAAAUGAUCUCGAAAGUCCACGCGCUAUUUGUAUUGAUCAACAAGGACGUAUUAUUAUUAUGGAAUCAAAAAUUAUGAAAGUUCAUAUCUAUGAUGCAACAUCAGGUCGUAUUUGGGGUCAAUUUGAUUUACGUGAUCAUUUAAGUUUUCCGACAAGUGUCUGUGUCAAUGAUCGACAUGAACUUUAUGUUAGUGAUAAUGAAUCACAUUUUGUACGAGUAUUUGAUUAUAAUGGAAAACAUUUGAAAAAUAUUGGUGCUGGUAUAUCUUAUCCGAUAGCAUGUCGUAUUAAUCAACCACGACGUGAACUUAUUGUUGUUGAUAAUCAUGAAAAUUUUAAUAUAACAACAUAUGAUUAUGAUGGAAAUAAAAAAUAUUCACAUUAUUCAUUAAUGAAACAUUCUCAAUGUUUCGAUGUUGCUGUUGGAUAUAAUGAUGAAUUAGCAAUGGCAUCUAAAGAUUAUAAAAUUUAUGUUUAUAAAUUAGGCGAAGGUCUUGAUAUAACAAGCAGUGAUAUAACUCAUAAUUAUUGUUAA